UUUGAAAAGUGGUGCAUUGUUUAUGUCAUCAUAAAAAGCAGUUUGACACAUUGAAUCCAUUCCUGAGUGGGUGGAUUCACGUUCAUUACGUGAAAGGAAGAAAUCCUUAGUUGAAAGUGAAUGAUUUGUAAUAGAAGAGAAAAUUUCCGAUGCUUUGAAAAACUUGGAAUUCCAGGCCCGGAGCCGUCUUUUUGGUUUGGAAAUCUUUUAGAUGCAAUAAAAUUAGGACGACAGAGUGAAGUACUGUUACAACAAAAGUAUGGACCUAUUUAUGGGGUUUUCUUGGGAAGCGUGCCUUUUCUUAUUGUUGCAGAUCCGGAGUUAUUGAAAAUUAUUCAAGUCAAAAAAGCACAAAUAUUUAAUAAAAGAAAUCCCAUUGUUCCUGGUGUUGGCAUACCAGUCAAAUUAGUAACGGAAAGCGUUGUUUUCAUGAUCGGAUCUAAAUGGAAACAUAAUAGAGAUGCAGUAACUCCCAGUUAUACAACUAGCAAAUUAAAAAUGUUGGCUGCUGUGGUAAAUCGUUCUUUUGAUAAAAGCUGGAAAGAUAUGAGAGAAAUGACGAAAAAUGGAGUUAAAUUUGACAUGAGAGAAUUUUUAUCAAGUAGUGUAGCCGAUAUGACUUUUCAAUCAGCCUUUGGUAUCGUGGUCAACGAUCAGAAAAAACUAGUUCAAUCUUUGAAUUACUCAUUCGACACUGAUUUUACGAAUCCGAUUAAUUUCCUUUCAGUUUGUUUUCCUGAAAUAAGUAAUUUUCUACAUCUCCUAAGAAAUUUUACUCAUAAAAUAAGACAUUUCUUUUCGUUUUCAUCGACAUUAUUUGUAUUGGAAAUGUGUAAGAAAGUAAUUUCUACUAGACUGUCUCUUGAGAAGAACUCUUAUCCAGAUGUUCUACAGCUUCUAAUUAACGCCAGUUCCCUGAAGAAUGUUGAAUUAUCCGAAGAAAAUGAAAAAUCAGAAAAAGUCGUUGUUCAUAGUGAAUACAAGCUCAGUUAUAAAGAUUGCCUGUCAAAUUGUUUUUACACUGCUGUUGCAAAGUUCGAUACAAUUCGAAGUGCUGUAACAUUUUCUACGUAUUGUAUCGCCAAAUAUCCAGAAGUACAGGAUAAAAUUAGAGAAGAAAUAUCGAAAUAUAAUAAAAAAGAGGAGAGUAUCGAUUAUACAGCCAUAUCUAAAAUGACGUAUUUAGAUCAAGUCUUAAGUGAAGUGUUGAGACUGUUUCCGCCCGCUGCAAGCUUCGUAAACAGGAUAGCCGAGGAAGAUCUCAAAUAUAACGAUAUUUUGAUUCCUAAAGGAAUGACUGUAUAUGCUCCGUUGUACGGUUUACACAGAAAUCCUGCAUAUUGGUCUGAUCCGGAUGAAUUUAAACCUGAAAGAUUCCAAGAUAAAUCUUCAAUUAACCCUUACAUAUACCAACCUUUUGGAAUAGGACUCAGACAUUGCGCGGGAAUGAGACCCGCUCAACUCAUUUGUAAAUUAUUGUUGGCUAAUUUAGUCAAAAACUUCAAAUUUAGUCUUGCUCCAGAAACUAAAGAGAUUGAGCCUCAUUUCACACUUGUCAUAACUUUCUCUAAACAUCCGAUUUAUCUUAACGCCACUCCACUGUGAAGAUGAAACAAAUCAAAACGAGUUAAAUACUGUAUACAAUUUGUAUUUUGUAUUUAUUCGAUAAAAUUUGAAUGAAAAACUGAAGAAGCAAAAUUUUAAUAUUUUGUGAUAUUUAUAUAAUAUACCAGGUUAUGUUUGAGCCAACCGGUGUUAUUAAACUGUUUAAUAUUCUUUGAUGUAAUAUGCAAAUAUGUAGAUAAAAGAAAAUACAGUAGUCUAUGUAUAUACACACUAUUUUUGGAAUGUAUCGGCCUACUACUGUGUUUUGAAUAGCUGUUUACUCAGUUAAAACAAAUGAAUAAUAUUAUAAGAGAGACUGGGAAACGUAAGCACAAGAAUAUUUUAGUGUGUACUAAGCGACCCGUCAGGGAAACUUAGAUCUUUUAGUAUCAAUUGAUACUCCAAUCUGUUAGCUAUUGUAGGGUUUAGUGCAUUAAAAAAUCUAACCUGUUUUUUCCAAAAAGUAAAAAAAAGU